AUGGCCGACAGCCUCUACAGCAGCACCAUCUCCUCAUCCUCUUCAUCGUCUGUGUCCUUCCUCACGCUCGAGCAGAGGGUGGCCUUCGUCUUUGUCCUCAUCCUCUUCAUCUUCCUGGGCCUACUGAUCGUCCGAUGUUUCCGGAUCCUGUUAGACCCGUACCGGAGUAUGUCGUCCUCCACCUGGACCGACCACAUGGAGAAGGACACCUUUGAUUACCGCAUUUCCUGA